AUGGUCGGUCCAUGGCACCGGAGGAAAGCGUGCCAUGUGAGGAUUUCACCACAUGCGGGGCUGCCCAGUUCCAAAACAAGAGCUUCCCGAAGAAUGUCAAGCAACAGGACUCGUACUUCAUCGUGGAGGACAUGGUCAACACCUUCGGUGUGCGCUUGGGAGGCCAGGACCGGGUGGCACUCUACGGUGUGGCGGAUGGGCACGGCGAGUGCGGGGAGAUUUGCGCAGCUUUCGUGCGCCGGCACCUGCCAACUCAGCUUGCGAGGUCUCACCACUUUGCAGAAGGCCAGCUGGAAUCAGCGCUGGUGGAAGCUUUCGUCCAGACCGACCUGCUGCAAAAGUCUGCAGGCCUUCCUCUCUGGGCCUCUGGUGCCUGUGUCAUCGCGGCCGCGGUGUCACCAACCAGCAUCGUGGUGGCAAACUGUGGUGACUGCAGAUGUGUGCUGGCGGAACAGGGAACCGCUCGUGAUCUCUCCUCCGACCACAACGUCCAAAGUGCGACGCAGGAGGAGCUCCGGAGGGUGCUUGCGGCAGGUG